CGCGCUCUUUGUUCACAAACUACGUUUAAUCAACUAUCGACGGAACAAACAAAGUAACACAAAAUAUUUUGUUGCUGAUACAAGAAAAAAAGCUUCAGAAGAACAGUUGCGGUGGACUGGUGGCGACUGAUGCAUGUUUCAUCAUACGUACUUUCCGUUUUAUGGUGCUCAGUUAUAAUAAGAGGACAAUCGAUGGAGAAAACGUCGAAAGAACGCGGGAGCACAAGAAGUAGUUACGUGCAGGAUGACGUCAUUGGAAAUAUAAAAACCGACAAGAAAAGCGCUGUCGAAAGUGCCCCGCCGAUAACAGAUAAUGAUGAAGAAGUUUCCAAAGCUGAAGAAAAUCUCGGCAUGAACUACUUUGAAGGCGAUGUUUUGACGACAGACGAUCAAAUGAUCAAACUAAAUCGGAUAAUGGGAACAUACGAAAAACCGAGCACCCAGCCUCAACCAAGAGGUCUCAUCAAGUACGUCAGAUGGACAUGGAAAGACGGAAUCGUACUAUAUACUAUAAACGAAAAUGUAGAUAAAAAAAGACGACGUAUAAUCGAAGAAGCUAUCAAACAUUGGGAGGAAAACACAUGUUUGACGUUCAAAACUAGAAAAAAGGAAAAAGACUACGUCGAUUUUCGACAGGGAAAUGGAUGUUCAUCAUACGUGGGGCGUAUAGGUGGAAAGCAACGUCUCAAUGUCGGCAACGACGAGCACAGUUGUGCAGUAGGAAAUAUCAUUCAUGAAAUAGGACAUGCGAUCGGAUUCUUUCACGAGCAAUCCAGACCGGAUCGAAACGAUUUUGUAAAAAUAGAUUGGAAAAACGUAAAAAAAGGCUAUCGCGUGAACUUCAAAAGAUUUUCAGAUCACGUUAUCGAUUCUCGAAAAGUAGCUUACGAUUAUGGUUCAGUGAUGCAUUAUCCAAGAAGAAUAUUUGGAAAGGAGCCUAGAAAACCAACUGUAAUUCCAAAAAGAAAACACGCUAAGAUUGGCCAAAGGAGAGGGCUAAGUAAACUGGACAUUUUACAAGUUGGUAAGCUAUAUGGCUGUCUGGCUUUACCCGAUGCUGGCAAACAACAUCACCAAAAAUAACACGAAGGAUACAAAUGAAGACGAAAUAAAUAACAGCGUGGUUAUAGCAAUCGAGUAGUAGAACUGGAUAAUAUAAGCGUGAGGAUGUGAAGGACAUAAAGAAAUAGGAGCCGAUUGCACGAAGCCUGGAUAGCGUUAUCCAUUGGAUAGCUAGUUUUUUAAACUUUUAUAAAACCUCUUACAAAUCAAAAACUAUGAGAUUCGAACUGAGCAAUCAUUGAAAUAAAAUAUUUUUCCGAAGAUUACGAAGUUUCUUUGUCGUAAGAAUAAUAAUAACACCUUUUUUACAAGUUUGAAGAUUCUUGCUAUUCAAUGGAUAACGUUAUCCAGUGUUAUCCGUGCAACCGGCCCCAGGACUACAACAGUGAUGCAAUCCCUGAUAAAAAAUUCACAAUAUUUGUCAUCCAUGAACAGGUGUUCAUUGUACAAAUUGAUCAAAAUUAAUCCUUACGUUUAGCUUAUGUAAUUGUAGUAUAUAACUUUUUAUCCCAAAAUUUGCGGCCUUCUAAACUUUGUUAGUUGACAAAACCACAUAUAGAAAUUAUAUGCACUAAAUAUUGCGCUAA